CCACUUUGUUAGAAAAGGGUGUUUUCUCCUGGAUUUAGCCUGGCAGGCUUUCCUGUGUAAUGCUGCUGCUUCGAUAAAAACGUCCAGUUUGCAAAAGAGGAGGUGUAUCCUGGCAGGAAGUGUGGCCUGAGAUACCUUACCCAGGGCUAAAUUACACAUCAUCAGAUUGCAGAGGCCAACAGUGUCCGGUGGCAGAAUCAACAGCCUGAUGCUAGCAGCGGAUUAACCGAGGAGGAGUUGGACUCUCUGUUAUCUGGACGACGAGUCAGCUGGUUUCACCUGAACUACAGACCUCCUCUUCUCCACCAGCUCCACCAGCUCCACCAUGACGACUGCUGCUGUGAGAGGCCCUGCCGGUGUGCCUGUCCGAGGUGCUGGCGAUGGCAUGGAAACUGAAAAACCGCCCGCCGUCCUGGAGGUAAUCACAGAUGCACUGCCACCAAGUCCGUGUGUAGUUCCCCUCCUGAAGGUGGCUAGCCCAAAACACAGCCCCAAAUCUAGCCAUCCUGCGGCCCCCCAGCCUCUCGGGGUGCUCCACCUGGGCAAGGUGAGUCGGGAGCUCUGCACAGAGGUGGAGGCUGUGAGGAUCAUCGUCCCUCGUGCUGCUAUUAGCCGGCACACCCGUAAAGGGCCUGCUGAGGCCAAAGGGGAUGCUGGGCAGCAGGCCGAGGAGCAGGGCUCUCACCCGCUGCCUCUGGUGGAGGACUGGAGAGGAGAGCUGGAGAAGCUGCAGAACUCUGAACGCAGGCUGCUGCAGGACAAGGAAGGCCUUUCCAAUCAGCUCCGUGUGCAGAUAGAGGUGAACCGCGAGCUAAAGAAACUGCUGGUGGCGUCGUUGGGCGAUGACCUUCAGUUCCACUUUGAGCGUAUGUCACGGGAGAAGAACCAGCUGAUUCUGGAGAACGAGGCUCUUGGUCGGUGUCUGUCACACACCGCGGAGCAGCUGGAGCGAAUGAGUAUCCAGUGUGACGUUUGGAGGAGCAAGUUCCUGGCCAGCAGAGUCAUGGCAGAGGAGCUGACGAAUGCCAGAGCAGCUCUGCAGAGACAGACCAGAGAGGCACAAGGAGCAAUUCAAGACCUGCUGUUAGAGAGAGAAGAGUUCUCCAGCGACAUGGUGCUCACUCACAGAUCUCUGGAGCAGCUCCUGGUGUCUCUGCAGUGGGGCAGACAGCAGACAUACUACCCCAGCGCACAGCCCCUCAGCACAGGAGAGCUGGUAGCAUCUAAUCACAAACUAGCAGAUGCCAUCAACUCCCAUCUGCUGGGAAACACCAGCAGCAGCAGCAGCAACAUGGUGAAGAGCAGCAGUACAACGGCCGAGCAGCUCUGCAGCACGCCAGCUGAGAAGAUGGCUGAGAAGGUGCUGAAGAGUUUAGAUCCAAUUUCCUGUUCGGAAAACAAAGCGGACCCUCCGCUCGGUGACUCCACCCCGUCAAGCUUUCUCAGCAGUAAGAAGAGCAUCGGCAGGUUUCAUCCAUACACCCGCUAUGAAAACAUUACUUUUAACUGCUGCGAGCGCUGCACUGGAGACAUCCUGGUGCUGUAAGGGGGGACGAAGAGCGGCGAAACGUCCCCAUCUGGCGCCGAAGCAGCAUCAAAGCUUAUUUUCAAAUGACAUAUCUGUACAUGAGUGUACUCUGGAGGAUGUUGCUGCUCUGUUAAGUGACUUUCUUUACACCUAAAGUUAGCUACCUUUUCUGUAUCAGUACGAGUCCUUCGCUGCCCAUUUUUAGUGCGGAUCUCCACAAUUUCAGAUGUUUUUAAAUUGUAUCAACCUGCUGUUUGUUUUGCUGUCUUUACUUGAAAAAAAGCUAAAUGAGAAAAUGGGAGUUGUUUGUUCAGGGAUCGUGAUGUGAAAGUGAUGAAAACAGAAUGCAUUUCAGAGCCACUGCAGCCUGGUUUAAACUAUGGAAAGUGCUAUUUAUUGUUGGGCUGUGAGGUCAAGAUGAUGAGUCAGUGUUACAUAGUGAACGGACAGUUGGGGUGUUUGCUUAUUCAAACUUGAAUAUUAGGCUAGUGUGUUUUAAGUUGUAUUUACAUAAUCAUAUAAUGGAAACACCAUCCAGGAAGUUAACAAACAACAGAUUAUGAGCUUAUUGCACAGUCACACAUGCACUGUGCCUGUACAAUAACAAAAACAAGUGAUGAUGCCUCUUAUACUGCGGGGGUCUCCCUAACUUCUCAGUAUGAUGGUGCUAUCAUAUUUAAAAUAAAAUUGUAUUAAUAUAUUGUCUAUAAUGCAUGCUGCAAAGGCAUUAUAAUAUACAAUAGAGCUGUCCCGAAUACAAUUUUUUUUGGGCUUCGAAGCUUUGGUUAAAAUGUUUUGAAGGUAGUCAAAGCUUUGCGGCGCAGCAGGCUGACUGUCUCCAUCUCCCCCGUUUCAGUGCUGCUGCCACACUACUGUACACACACGCACGCCUCCACACAACAAACAGCGAUAUCCGUCUGAGAAUAACUACUAAUAAUUAAUAAUGUUGUGGGAUUGUUCCUUAUGUCAUGUGCUAUUUGGGAAUUUAAACAUCAUUAUUACAUGCUUAUAUAUAAUUUUUUUUUUUUUUUUAAAUCAAAAAACAAAGCAUUCGAAUAGUGAUUUGCAGGUUGAAUACCAUGGCAAUGGUCGAGGCUUCGAAGCAUUCGGGUCAGCCCUAAUAUUCAUUCAAUUCUUUGGAAGUGGUUUAACGGUACUACAAUAGACUGUUAUCGUACACUCACAGUUAUUUGCAACGACUUUUGUGGGUGUUACAAAGAAUGACGCAGAAAAUCUAACAUUUGAAAUUAUUUAGUUUGAUUUGUUUUCUUUGAAUCAUGUCAAUAAUAUUGGGUGAUGUUUUUUUGCAAAUCAUUAUUUAAAAAAAGUUGUUGCCUCAGAAUACACUACUAUGAAAUGACGAGUAAUAUACCUAUUGCACAUGCCUCUUUGCAAUUUUCUAAAACCAAGCUGUAUAAUAUUUUGGUUUAUUUCAUCUGUAUGGAAAGGUUUGCAUCGAUGUUGAUGACGGUAACAUUUACAGUGCAAGCAUCAUCAGAAUAUUUAUACAUCUUUUGUUUUCCAUGUCAGACCAAAAUAAAGACCAAAGUAGUUUCUA